AUGUGGCGCCUCGCGCCGCUGGUGGCGGCGGCCGGCGCCCUGAGCGUCGGCGACGUGGCGCCGGCCUUCUCCGGCACGUCCUUCGACGGGCGCACCAUCGAUCUGAGCUACGCCAAGCAGACGGAGAAGGGCUUGAUUAUCUGGUUCUACCCGCGCGCGGGCACGGGCGGCUGAACCAAGGAGGGCGAGAACUUCGAGCGGCUGCGCGAGCAGUUCAAAGAAGCCGGCUACGCGAUCGCCGGCUGCUCGACGGACCCGCCCGAGUUCAACCGCAAAUUCGCCGAGGAGCACGACUUCGGCUACCCGCUCAUCUCGAAUGGGGACGACGUCAUCAAGGCCUUCGACAGUUGCAAGCAGGCCGCGUGCUCGUCGGCCAAACGGACGACCGUCGUGAUCUCGCCCGACGGCCUCGUCGUGUGGCGCGAGGACCCGUUCGACGCCGCCGACGGCCCGGACGAGCUCCUCCAGCGGCUGACGGGCCAGGGCGGCGCGUCGCCGUCGAAGAAGCGGAAGAAGCACCUCCGGGCGCACGGCGCCCACGAGUCCGCGCACCACUCCGGCGAGCACCGGAAUGCGCGCGCC